ACAUAUACAUGAAAAUUGCGAGAAGAGCAAGUAUCUCAGUUACAGUUGGCAAACAGAUGAUCAUUGUUUGCAUAAUAACCCGUGCUCUCGCUACGUGAGGAAUGAUGCAGAAAACUCGAGCAAUGUAGGCAGUGCAGCCGACAUAGCCCCUCACCGUUCCCUUCUUUCCCAUGAGACCAAUGGCGGCCAUUAUGGAGAGUUCAAACUCCAUCUGCCGUGCAACCUCGUUCUUAUAGACCUUUCACUGGAGAAAGGAAAAACCAGGUGGUCAAACAAAAAACAAUCGAGAAAAAGAUGAAUGAGGUACUUGUAAUCUCACAAUGAGCCAUGUGUGAAACAGCUGACUAGCCAGCAUAGUUAGUCACAAGUAGGAGUGCGAGGAUCAUGCACUUUUGAUAUGUAGGAUUGCGAAUCAAGUAGAAGCACAUCCCCCGGAUGGGAUUGCUUGGUCGUCGAGCCAGCAGAAUCGCAUAAGUUUCUGGAUGAUAUGUGGGUAUUCUUAAAUACACUGGAGCAUGGCGUCAAUGGGAGUCGAACCCGCGACCGUUCUAGUAGCAGGUUCUCCUAGUCCUAGCUGGCAGGCGGUAGGAAUCUUGAUCGGCGGCAUUCUCGUAUUCCGAGAAUCGAGGCGCUGCGCGCGUCUUGUUCCCGGCGCUGGCAUCACAUCGAAGGGUAUUGUGGAUAUUUCGGAGCUCCUAGUCUCGAUCCCGUUCGUGGCGCCCCCCAAAUUUCCUGGCUUCUUCCGCGCGGCCGAUGCAUGACGACGGUGUAGCGGCAUCGGGUGUCGACAAGAACUCUGCUGAUCGCUAUUCCAGGUCUCGCGUUUUCAUGUGUACAGGAGGAUUGGACAGAAUUGAUGAGGAGAUGGAUCGCUCGCCGGUAUGCUCAGCAGGCGCUAUGAUCCACCGUUACCAGUAAAACAUCCUAUUGGAACAUCGCCAACGCGCAGAUCAAGAAGGUUAUGUAUUCUCCUCUACAGGAAGAAGACUCGCAGCUUGUGCUUCCACCGCUUUGAGCAAGACCAAGAUCGCCGCAUCGAUGUGGAGCGAAUGCGAACAGUGAAGCCGGUGCCUGGACCGACCAUGUUUGCUCUCGGGGUUUUUGAUGAGGUGAAGAUCUUGCCAGUAGUAUUGAACAAGGUGUUAGGAAUGGAACCUAGGCUAGAGUUCGUGGUGUUUCGUACAUGAUGGAUUACCGCAACCAGAAUGACACGGGGGUGGAUUGAUAAAUGAGGAUCGAUCGGAAGAACACGCUCGUGAGUAGAUUUGGGACGAAGAAGGCCGCUGCAAAGAAUGAGGGACGUCUCGAGCUGAGGAUCUGGCAGCAGCCCUGAGAGUAAAACAAGAGCCUCAAGUGACCACCAUUCCAAAUCGUCAAGCAAUUGCCUCUUUUUCAAUUGGCUUGAGGGGAGAGAGAUAAAGUGAAGGCGAGGACACGACUUGCAGAUCGAUGCUCGAAAUAUUGCCCCUUGUUUCCUUACAAGCUUUCUUUUGUGUAUGGCAGCGUAUGAAGCUCCAUAUCCAUAUGCUAUCUGGGGAUAACCAUGAGACGGCCCAGAGCGUCCAGAGCAAUUUGGGAGGAGUUACUGUACACUCCGGUCUUCUCCCAAGUCAAAAUCAUCCAAGAGCUGAAAGAAAACCACGGUGUGGCGGGAAUGAUAGGCGACGGGAUAAACGACGCCCUGGCUUUAGCAGCGGCGGACGUAGGAUUUGCCAUGGGUCUAGCCGGAUCAGCAGUGGCUGUGGAGACAUCGGACGUUUUCCUCGUGACUGACGAUCUCCGGAAGCUGAGCAUGGUGGUGAGUCUGGGAAGGAGAGUCCGCACCAAAGUUAUACAGAACGUUGUCAUCUCGGUGGGCCUCAAAGUGGCGAUACUGGCAUUCUCGUUCGCUGGCUAUGGCUACCUGUGGAUGGCGGUCCUGGUCGACGUCGGGGCGUGCUUGCUGGUGAUCUCAAACAGUACGCUUUUACUCCGAGGGACAGGGAAGAAGAGAUCAUCAGGCCACCACCAUCACCAGGGAAAGAAUUGCAAGGAUCACGACCACGAUCACGACGGUGGUAAGCAGUGCUCCAAGGACGACGAUCACGCCAGAAGAACACAGUGCUCUGAUCACGAGCAUGGCGCUGAGAAGCACCAGCACCAUCGCCAUCCCAGCCACGACCAUGGUCACAACCAUAGUCACGACCAUCACCACCACCAGGAUCGAGGUCACUCAUACUGCAAGAAGCAUCAAUUUAAACGCUGAGAAUAUUUGUCGCUGGUU